ACAGUAAGAUAAAUUAAUAGAAAGUUACGAGUUAGUACGCGUAUCAAGUGCUCGAUGUAAACUAGGCCUAUGACCGGAGCACGCGAACCACUUAACCUCCAAAAGCCUUGCUUAAUACGUCCUCGGACACGUCUUCGCGAAGAUCGUCUUAUUUAUAAAUGUGUGCAUGAAAUAAGACAGUCUUAAAUGACUAUGAAUUAAUGACUAACAAGGUAGCCUUAAGCACAUGCUUAGAUGUGUUUAUGAAUCACAUUAAGACAUUCUCAAAUAAGAUCAUCUUGAACAAGGUAAGCCUUGAGCAUUUGCUUAAAUCCUGCCUUGUUUUUCGACUAUGAAUCUAGAGGGCACUUUAAGAUUAAACUUAAGGUGAUCUUAAGAAUAAGUUCCGACUAUGAAUACGGGCCGUAAUGAAUUUGUGACGUCACGCGCUCACGGUGACCAUGGUUCCGAGGUGGGUCGACGUGAGCGUUUGCGUCAUUUGUGCGGGAAAUAGUUUUUGAAUCACAGUCGACUGCCAUUACAGCCUGCAUUGUCAAUAUUUAUUUUGUGUUCCGAUUCUUCACGCAACAUAGAACUCAGUGCCUCUUUCUAAAAAUUAUAUUGUUCCUUUAACUUUCUUUAAAAAUGAACGUACAAAAAAUCAAUCGUGUGCCUUUUUCAGUUUUUGUAGAGGAUAUUGGGAAAACAUUUACAUUUCAAUUAACAGAAGUAGAAGCUGCAAGAGCAACUACAGAUAGUGUUUUUAUAUUAGACUUAGUUAAUAAAGAGUAUGCAAGGCAGAAGAAAACACAAAUUAGCAAGACCAAUGAGAGACUUGACCUUUGUAAUACAUUUAUGGAAAAAGAUUUAUCUCCUGUCCCGUGCUCAUCUAUCUCAGAGGUAAAUGAUUCUCUGGACAUCACAUCUGCACAAUCAGAUACUGUAUACUCAGUACCGCACACUUCAACACAAAAUGUUGAAGAGUCAACUGAUAAUGAAAAAACUUUAUUUAUAUGGUCAUCAAAGACUGUAUACUUACUCCUGGAGAAAUAUGAGGAACGAAUGAAUGAAUUCUCUUCGGGAACAAAACGUCAUUCUAAAAUCUGGGAAAAUAUUGCAAGCGAGAUGAAUAAAGUUGAUCCAAAUAUUGCAGUAUCAGGACCACAAUGUCAGUCAAAAAUGAAUAGCAUGAAAAAAAUAUAUAGAAAAAUCAUAGACCACAAUAAUAUAUCUGGAAAUGAUCGAAAGUCAUGGCAAUAUUUUGAGAUAUAUUUUAUCUACAAUAGAAUGAAUGAAUUAUUUGGAAAAUCAGGAUGGGCAAAUCCGAAAGCAACAGCAUCAGAUUCUGGACCUUCAUCUCUUGCAAAUUCAACAGAUGAAAAUAGCAAUAUCAAGAAACCUGCCAUUAAAAAAUUAAAAUCUGAUAAACUUUUAGAUGAAUUUGUGAAACAAAUGAAAGAAGAUAGACAGGAGAGAGAGAAGAAAAAAGAGGAAAGGCAAUUAAUUAUAUUGCAAGAACUAAAAGAACAAAAAGAAAGGCAGCAUAAAGAGAAAAUGGAUAUAAUGAAAACAUUCUGCGAAGCUAUUUCAGGCAAAAAAUUAUUUGACUAACUAUUUUUACAUGAAAGAUUUGAGUUCCUAUAUUGUGUGCAAUUUUUAAGUUAACUUUAUUGUAUUCAAAUUUUUUAUCUUUAGUCACUUUCUUCAUUUAUUUUCAUUUUAUAUUUUAUGUAUUUCUUGCUACUUACCAUUGUACUUACUGUGAUUUUAUUAAUUAUUCUGCGUUUUAAAAUAGAUAUGACAAUUGUGAUAUUGGUUUAAGCAUAAUAUCUAUGAACUUUAUUUUUUUUUAUGUAUGUUGUUUAAACAUAAUAUCUAUGUAUUUAAAUUUUUUUUUUAUGUAUUUUUAUGUUUAAGUAUAAAGAUAUACUAGAAUAGGUGCACACAACAAUAAAAAAAUGUAAAGACUGAUUCAAAUUAAUUUGCAUACAUUUAUUCAUUUUUAUAAAGAUUUAGUUGAUGAGGAAAUAGUUUAUAAGAGUUAAUACAUUAAAAAGAUUUUAUAAAUUACGCAAAUACACGUUCAUUAUCUCUCAUUA